AUGAGGCAAUACCAGGAUAACCAGCCGGACCCAGGUCAAAGUUCUGCGACUUUGCAACGACCUCCUCUCUUCGUCGCGCAGCUACCGUCCAGCAGCCAUGGCAGAAAGCAGAUUCAGAGGGUGCUGAUCGCAAACAGAGGUGAAAUUGCAUGUCGAAUCAUCGCAACAUGUCGGAAACUUGAUCUAACCUCCAUCGCUGUCUAUGCACAAGAGGACUUGUCUUCGCGUCAUGUUGCUGAAGCAGAUGAGGCAGUUGAUCUGGGAAGCAUCAAUCAGCCCGGAGGAAACCCAUUCUUGAAUAUCCAGCUUCUUGUUGAUGUUGCUCGCUCGAGGGGUGCCGAUGCCAUACACCCGGGCUAUGGCUAUCUUAGCGAAAACAAAGAUUUUGCUGAGGCUGUACGUCAAGCAGGACUGAUAUUCGUCGGACCAAGCUCCCAGGCCAUGUCAACGCUAGGCGACAAGCGGAAUUCAAAGGACUACUUGAGGAAACAUGCGCCCAAGGUUCCCCUUAUCCCAGGAUUUACCGGCUCAAGUCAGAAUGUCAGAGAGUUGGAAACCGCAGCGGAAAAAGUAGGAUUUCCGGUGAUGCUGAAAGCGUCUGCUGGAGGCGGAGGUCGCGGGAUGCGAAUCGUUCGAGAGCGCUCACAACUUGCGGGCGAGCUUGCCCGCGCACAAUCCGAGGCUCAACGCUCAUUUGGGUCAAGCGACUGCAUUCUGGAGAAGUACAUCGAGGCCGCCAAACAUGUCGAAGUUCAGAUAAUUGGUGACAGCCAUGGCAAAGUCCUCUCGUUGUGGGAGAGAGAGUGUUCUGUUCAGCGACGGCACCAGAAGAUUAUCGAGGAGACACCAUCCCCUUUUUUAACUCCAGAACAGAGGCAAAGAAUGUGCGCCGUUGCUGUUCAAAUAGGGGAGCUCAUUGGCUACGAAGGUGCAGGGACUGUUGAGUUCGUCGUGGACGUCAGAGAUGGCAGUUUCUAUUUCCUCGAAGUUAACACGCGUCUCCAAGUCGAACACCCCAUCACAGAGGAAGUUACAGGCCUUGAUGUUGUUUCAUUGCAAUUGUUUGUGGCCGCCGGCGGAUCCCUCUCCAGUCUCGCCAUCCUACAACAUAUUCCCCAAAAGGGCCAUGCAAUCGAGUGCCGCCUAUGCGCUGAAGAUCCUAGCAGUGAUUUUAUGCCACAAAAUGGCACCAUUCAAUUGUGGCGAGAAUCAGACCAGUAUCUAGCGUCAAGAGACGUACGAUACGAGACCGCUGUACAGACUGGGUCCAGCAUAUCGAUUUACUUUGACUCGAUGAUCGCCAAAAUCGUGGUAUGGGCACCAACAAGAGCCAUAGCAAUCUCAAAAAUGGUUAAGGUUUUGGCAAAUACAGUAUGUGCAGGCGUGAAAACAAAUCAGCUUUUCCUCCAGGCCUGUCUUCUACACAAAAGCUUUCAUGAUCGGGCAUACACGACGUCGCUGAUUCCCACGCAUGUGGAAAGCCUGCUGAAGAACCCCUACACGGAGUCUGCACAAAAUAUGAUCUCUAUGCUCUCCCUUCUCCCGGGCCUCGUGUUGAGGAAUUUAGCAUCUCAGCCCACCGAACCUAGACCUUUCAAGCACGUCACUCGAGGUUUCAGGAAUCAAUACUUCGACCCGGUCAAUCGCAACACAACCGUGAUUGUUCCUUCAGAUCCCUCAUCGGCGCAAGAACCGAUAUUGUCAAUCUGGAAUGCCCAUUCUCGCGCCGAGAGCGGCCGUUCGGAAUACCAGGCCACUUUACUCCCCAUUCCAACAGCCGAAACCGACAGUGUCCCCGACACAACAACUCGCAGCUCCGAGGCCUACCAAAUAUCUCGACAAUAUCAUGACAUCAGCCACAAGCUUAGAGACCCGUCUCUAGCCAAAGCUCCACAGUACACCGUGGAAUUUACCAAAUGGAGAGACUUGCAGGAUACCACGGCCCGCAACGGAUGGAGAACAGCGUUAGUAGCCAUAUCAAUCAACCAAUCCAUCAUCCACGCCCACAUCGCCACAGACGCACCUUUGAACCCCGCAACAUCCACUGGCUCCUAUCAAACCGUUCUAUGCCAUAUCCGAGGAUUGGGGACCUGGGUGGAAUAUAAAUGCUACAGUAUCCUCAAUUAUAUGGAAAGUCUACGAUCAGGCGCCGGUGGCCGCUCUUCGGCCUCAUCAAAUUCGAAGGUGGUCAAAUCCCCCAUGCCUUGCAAAGUCCUCUCGGUGCUCAAAACCAACGGGGAUCAAGUCAAGGCGGGGGAGAUUGUCAUGGUCAUUGAAAGUAUGAAGAUGGAGACGAAUAUCUGCAUCAAUGUGGACGGGAAGUUCAUGACAGGAGUCAAGAAUGGGGCUGCAGUAGAUGAUGGGGGCGUGCUGUGCUGGGUUGAAUAG